UAAAUAUCGAGGCGAUUGCAAACAAAAAGCUUGCCGUAGGUAAGCACUUUGAACGAGCUUCCCCACGAGCUGCAAAGUGACCAUUUAAGGUGGCAUCAAAACCUAGCCGUGCAUCUUGACAGCCCACUGUUUGGACACCGUGAGCGCUGUCCCAACAGAUGCUUCGCACUCGGUAUAUAAAAAUGGCUAUCAAACUUAUGUUUGGCCGUACCUGUCAAUCGGAUAAUGCUUCCGUAAAGCUCUCGCGCCAUCGGAACAGGUCCUCGCCACAUCGCACCCUUUGCAGAUGCAUCGAUCUGGCUCUUCCAGUUCAUGAAGGCCAUGCGGGACGAGAAGGGCGACAUGAUGCGGAACGCACACCUGCUGGGCUUCUUCCGCCGCAUAUGCAGACUGCUCUUCCACAGAGUGCGUCCGGUAUUCGUGUUCGACGGCGCCACUCCCGCCCUCAAGCGCCACACCAACAUCGCCCGCCGUCGGCGCCGCGAGGCUCAGCAGGGCGUGCUGCGUAAAACAGCCGAGAAGCUGCUCAUCGCUCAGCUCAAAAAACAGCGGAACGUCGGGAUGCCGCUAAAGCUGAACGUCGCCAUCCCGCUGGCGGCGUUCAAGGGCGUCCCGACGGUGAGUGAACCGGCGGCGGCUGAGGCCCAGUGCGCCUUCCUGGAGGUGUCGGGGCUGGUGGACGGAGUGGUGACCGACGACAACGACGUGUUCCUGUUCGGAGCCAGACACGUGUACCGGCACAUAUUCGAAAAUAAAAAGUACGUCGAGGAGUACCAGAUGAGCGAUGUGGAGCGGGAGCUGGGUCUCACCCGGGAGCGGCUGGCGGAGAUGGCGCUGCUGCUGGGCAGCGACUACACGGAGGGCUGUGGGGGUAUCGGGAUCGUGAAUGCGGUGGAGGUGGUGCAGGCGUUUCCCGGGCUGGAGGGGCUGCAGAGGUUCCGGAGCUGGGUGGAGUCUCCGGAUGUUGGCAUUGUGGCGGCGGCGAGGCAGCUGCAGGCGGCGGGGGGGGAGGGAGAGCUGGAGCUGGUGGGGGGGGAAGGUGAGGAGAGAGGUGGGGGAAAGGGUGGGGGGUUUUAG